AAAUUUUCCGAUCCAUAUAAUCCAAUUCCCAACCACUCCAUGAUGUCAUCCCCACUUUCAUCAUUCUCUAACUACCAUGAACGGCGGCGCCACCUCUUACUCCGGUGACGUCUCCGCCGUUAAACGUAGACACAGCAGCCAAACCGUUCAUUCUAACGGCGUUAACGCGACGGAUUCAAGCCUAAUCUCUAAUUAAGGUACUAUUUUGCAAUUUAACCUAAUUUAUAACUCGUCCCUAAACAAGUUCAUUUUACACUUUGACCACAGAGAUAACCUGUGAUUUUAGUAUUUUACUCCCUAAUCAGUUACUGCAAACUAAACUCGAACACUUCGGUGACAUUAACGUUUUCUUAUUCCACUCCGACAACAACCUUUGAGCUUCAUUUCACAAACCAAUGACCAUGUUACUGAGGAGAAGAGGAACCUCUUAUAUCCGAAACCUUACCACAGAAACCAAACAAGGUGGUGAUUAUUCCAAAGAUCAAAACUUUACUCAUAUUCUCAGUGAAAUUUGCACCAUCACUCGAACUAAACCACGUUGGGAGAAUACCCUUCUUUCACAAUACCCAUCUUUCAAUUUCUCAAACCCAAAUUUCUUCCUCCAUUAUCUCAAUCAUCAGAACAAUUCCUUCCUCUCUCUUCGUUUCCUUCAAUGGCUCGCUUCUCAUUGUGGUUUCUCACCGGAUCAAUCUUCAUGUGAUGCGCUUUUUGAUUCCCUUGUUGAUGCUGGUGCCUGCAAAGCUGCAAAGUCAUUGCUUGAUGAUUAUCCUGAUUUUAAUCCAAAGCCGGGUUCUUUGGAGUCUUAUGUUUUGUGUCUCGGAAAAGGCGGAAUGGUUGAGGAUGUACUUGAUGUGUUUGUUAGAUUGAAACAGGUUGGAUUUUUACCUUCUGUGUCAACUUUUAAUGCGUCUUUGUUGGCUUGUUUGAAAGUUGGGAGAACCGAUUUGGUUUGGAAAUUGUAUGAACAUAUGCUUGAAUCUGGUGUUGUAGCUAGCAUUGAUGUUGAAACUGUUGGGUAUCUUAUUAAAGCGUUUUGUGUUGAAGAUAAAGUUUUUAAUGGGUAUGAACUUCUUAGACAGGUUCUUGAGAAGGGUUUGUGUCCUGAUAAUACGGUUUUUAACUCGCUUAUAACUGGUUUUUGUAAGGAGAGACAGUAUAAUAGAGUUUCUGAGAUUCUUCAUAUUAUGAUUUCCGUGAAGUGUAAUCCGGGUAUCUAUACUUAUCAAGAAGUCAUUAAUGGACUCUUCAAGAGGAAGAAUGAUGAGGGUUUUAGGGUUUUUAAUGAUCUCAAGGAUAGAGGGUAUUUUCCAGAUAAGGUUAUGUACACAACAGUGAUCAAAGGUCUUUGUGAUAUGGGGUCGCUUGGCGAGGCUAGGAAGUUGUGGUUUGAGAUGAUUCAUAAAGGACUUGUGCCGAAUGAGUAUACAUAUAAUGUAAUGAUAGAUGGUUAUUGUAAGAUCGGUGAUUUUGUUGAGGCAAAGAAGCUCUAUGAGGAUAUGUGUGAUAGAGGUUAUGCAGAAAAUGUGGUUAGCUAUACCACAAUGAUUUCGGGUUUGUGUUUGCAUGGAAAGGUUGAUGAAGCUCUGAGCUUGUUUCAUGAGAUGUCUCGAAAGGGUGUUGCUCAUGAUUUGAUUAGUUACAACUCUUUAAUCAAAGGCCUUUGCCAAAAAGGCGAGCUAGUCAAGGCUACUGAUUUGUUGCAUGAACUUCUUGCACAGGGCUUUGAGCCAUCAGUUUCUUCAUUUACUCCUCUCAUAAAAAGCCUUUGUGAAGCCGGUGAAAUUGGGGGCGCAAUGAGGUUGUUGAAAGGCAUGCAUGACAGGCAUUUGGAACCAAUUGCUAGUACACAUGAUGAUAUUAUAGUUGGGCUAUGUAAAGAAGGAAAUGUUGCACAAGGUAUGGAAUGGUUACUAAAGAUGAUGAGUUGGAAGCUGAAACCCAAAGUGCUUACCUUUGAGCACCUGAUUGACGGUCUAUCACAUGAAGAUAGGUUAGAUGAUAUUUUGAUUGUUUUAGAUUUAAUGUUUAGGGAGGGAUAUAAACUCAAAGAAAGCAUAAUUCAUUCUUUGGUCAGUAAAUUUAGCAAAGAGGAUUUCGGUUUUCCUAAUUUGUGUUUGGAGGAGCUCGUAGAAAGAAAUUGAUGUAACUGAUUAUGUUGUUUUAUUUUCCAUGUAUCAAUAAAACGAUGAUUUUUUGGAAACACGUAGCUAUAGUCAUCUUGA